AUGGUGGCAGGUGGAAGUGACCCGCGGGCUGGCGACAUAGAAGAGGACGCCUCCCAGCUCCUCUUUCCCAAAGAGUUUGAGACGGCUGAGACACUCCUAAACUCUGAAGUUCACAUGCUUCUGGAGCAUCGAAAGCAACAGAAUGAAAGUGCAGAGGAUGAGCAGGAACUUUCCGAGGUCUUCAUGAAGACCCUAAACUAUACAGCCCAUUUCAGUCGAUUCAAAAACAGAGAGACGAUUGCCAGCGUUCGUAGCUUGCUUCACCAGAAAAAGCUAUGUAAGUUUGAGUUGGCCUGUUUAGCCAAUCUUUGCCCUGAGACUGCUGAAGAAUCCAAAGCUCUCAUUCCAAGCCCGGAAGGGUGUUUUGAAGAUGAGGAACGGCAGCAGAUUCUCGAUGACAUCCAGACCAAGCGCAGCUUCCAGUACUAAUCGCCAGACAUUCUCUGCUUUUGAGACGGCUCCGGAACAGCACCAGGUUCCCAAGCCUGUGUCAGCCUCACGGGACA